UGGGCAGCAGGCACCAAGCCCCAGUCCCUUGCUGCCUGCCCCCCUUGCCAGCCCCCAGGAUGGGCGCCAGGAGCAGGUGCUGGGCGCUGGCCUGGGCCCUCGCAGCCCUGCUCGUGGUGCGGCUGGCAGAGACCCAGACCCCUGUGGAGCUGAGCCCAGGGCGCACGGAGCCCGCUGCAAGUGGUGUCAGGGUGGAUGGUGCCAAUCCCACAUCCUCGUCCACCCGGCGCCUGACCUUCAUCCCACCCCUCGCCAUCUUCCCCAAUGUGAGCCCCCCGAACCCCGCACACACGGGGCGCGUCUGCAGCACCUGGGGCGACUUCCACUACAAGACCUUCGACGGCGCCGUCUUCCGCUUCCCCGGCCUCUGCAACUACGUGUUCUCCGCGCACUGUGGCGCCGCCUACGAGGACUUCAACGUGCAGCUGCGCCGAGGCCUCGUGGGCUCCAGGUCCACCAUCACCCACACUGUGCUCAAGGCCCAGGGGCUGGUGCUGGAGCUGUCCAACGGCUCCGUCCUGGUGGACGGGCAGCGGGAGGACCUGCCCUACAGCCGUGCCGGCCUCCUGGUGGAGCAGAACAGUGACUACGUGAAGGUCAGUGUCCGGCUGGUCCUGACCUUCCUGUGGAAUGGAGAGGACAGUGCUCUGCUGGAGCUGGACCCCAAGUACGCCAACCAGACCUGCGGGCUGUGUGGAGACUUCAACGGGCUCCCGGAGGCCAGCGAGUUCUACGCGCACAACACCAGGCUCAGCCCUCUCCAGUUUGGGAACCUGCAGAAGCUGGAUGGUCCCACGGAGCAGUGCCAGGACCCAUUGCCCUCGCCUCCUGACAACUGCACGGACAGGGAGGACUUUUGUCGCCGCAUCCUGCUUGGCCCAGCCUUCUCCGAGUGCAGUGGGCUGGUGGACGCCAGUGUGUACGUGGCUGCCUGUGUCCAGGACCUGUGCCGCUGUCCCACGUGCCCCUGUGCCACCUUUGCUGAGUACUCUCGCCAGUGCGCCCACAGUGGGGGCCAGCCUCAGAACUGGAGGGGCCCUAACCUUUGCCCCCAGACGUGCUCGGCUGGCAUGCAGCACCAGGAGUGCGGCUCGCCCUGUACUGACACCUGCUCCAACCCCCAGCGCUCCCAGCUGUGCGAGGACCACUGCGUGGACGGCUGCUUCUGCCCCCCAGGCACGGUGCUGGAUGACGUCACACAUGCCGGCUGCCUGCCGCUGGCUCAGUGCCCCUGCACCCACGGCGGCCACGCCUUUGCCCCUGGGACCUCCUUCAACACCAGCUGCAGCUCCUGCACCUGCUCCGGAGGUCUGUGGCAGUGCCAGGAGCGGCGGUGCCCGGGCUCCUGCUCUGUGCGAGGUGGGUCCCACAUCUCCACCUACGACGAGAAGAUGUAUGACGUACACGGUGACUGCAGCUAUGUCCUGUCUAAGAGAUGUGCAGACAGCACCUUCACCGUGCUGGCCGAGCUGCGGAAGUGCGGCCUGACCGACACCGAGAACUGCCUCAAGGCGGUGACGCUCAGCCUCAGCGGCGGGGACACGGCCAUCCGUGUCCAGGCCAGUGGAGCUGUGUUCAUGAACUCCAUCUACACCCAGCUGCCUGUGUCAGCAGCCAACAUCACCAUCUUCAAGCCCUCAUCCUUCUUCGUCCUGGUGCAGACAGGGCUUGGCCUGCAGCUGCAGGUGCAGCUAGUGCCCACCAUGCAGGUGCAUGUUACACUGGACCCCUCGUACCACGGCCAGAUGUGCGGCCUGUGUGGGAACUUCAACCAGAACCAGGCCGACGACUUCACGGCCCUGAGCGGGGUGGUGGAGGGCACAGGCGCCGCCUUCGCCAACACCUGGAAGACCCAGGCCUCCUGCCCCAAUGCCAAGAACAGCUUCGAGGACCCCUGCUCGCUCAGCGUGGAGAAUGAGAACUACGCCCAGCACUGGUGCUCCCUGCUGCUGGACCCUGCUGGAGCCUUCUCCGCCUGCCACUCCACUGUGAACCCCGAGCCCUUCCAUUCGAACUGCAUGUUCGACACGUGCAACUGCGAGAAGAGCGAGGACUGCCUGUGCGCCGCCCUGUCCUCCUACGUGCAGGCCUGCGCCGCCAAGGGCGUGCUGCUCCGCGGCUGGCGGGACGGCGUCUGCACCAAGUACAUGAGCAGCUGCCCCAAGUCUCAGAGCUACGUGUAUGUGGUGGACACCUGCCAGCCCACCUGCCGCGGCCUGAGCGAGGCUGACGUCACCUGCGGUGUGUCCUUUGUGCCCGUGGACGGCUGCACAUGCCCUGCAGGCACCUUCCUGGAUGAGGCGGGCGUGUGUGUGCCGGCCCACGAGUGCCCCUGCUACUUCCACGGCAGCGUGGUGGCGCCUGGGGAGGUCGUGCAGGACGACGGUGUGGUGUGCUCUUGUGUGAGUGGGAAGCUGAGCUGCCUGGGAGCCCUGCUGCAGAGGAGCCCAGGGUGUGCGGCACCCAUGGUGUACCUUGACUGCAGCAACACCUCAGCCGGCACUCCCGGGGCCGAGUGCCUCCGAAGCUGCCACUCCCUGGAUGUGGAAUGUUUCAGCACACACUGUGUCUCGGGCUGCGUGUGUCCCCCGGGGCUGGUGUCUGACGGGAGCGGGGGCUGCGUUGCUGAGGAAGAUUGUCCCUGCGUGCACAACGAGGCCAGCUACCGGCCUGGGGAGAUCAUCCGCGUCGGCUGCAAUACCUGCACCUGCAGGAACCGCCACUGGGAGUGCAGCAGCCAGCCCUGCCUGGGCACUUGUGUGGCCUACGGGGACGGCCACUUCAUCACCUUCGAUGGCGAGCGCUACAGUUUCGAAGGCAGCUGCGAGUACAUGCUGGCCCAGGACUACUGUGGAGGCACUGCCAAUGCCAAAGGGACCUUCCGCAUCGUCACUGAGAACGUCCCCUGUGGAACGACUGGGACCACCUGCUCCAAGGCCAUCAAGAUCUUCCUGGAGAGCUAUGAGCUGAUCCUCCACGAAGGGGGCUUCAAGGUGGUGGAAAGGGGGCCAGGUGGCGACCUGCCCUACAAGGUCCGCUACAUGGGCAUCUUCUUGGUCAUCGAGACCCGCAGUGGGAUGGCGGUGUCCUGGGACCGGAAGACUAGUGUGUUCCUCCGGCUGCCACAGAGUUACAAGGGCAGGGUCUGUGGCCUGUGCGGGAACUUCGAUGACAACGCCAUCAAUGACCUGACCACACGCAGCCAGGCUGUGGUGAGUGAUGCGCUGGAGUUCGGAAACAGCUGGAAGUUGUCACCCACCUGCCCGGAUGCCACGGCGCCCAAGGACCCCUGCACGGCCAACCCGUACCGCAAGUCCUGGGCCCAGAGGCAGUGCAGCAUCAUCAACAGUGCUACCUUCGCCACCUGCCGCUCCCAGGUCGACUCCACCAAGUACUACGAGGCCUGUGUGCGUGACGCCUGCGCCUGUGACUCGGGGGGUGACUGCGAGUGCUUCUGCACCGCCGUGGCUGCCUACGCCCAGGCCUGCCACGACGUGGGUGUGUGCGUGUCCUGGAGGACUCCUGACAUCUGUCCACUCUUCUGUGACUACUACAACCCCUCUGGGGAGUGCGAGUGGCACUACCAGCCCUGCGGGGCGCCCUGCCUGCGCACCUGCCGGAACCCCAGCGGCCGCUGUCUGGUGGACCUGCCUGGCCUUGAAGGCUGCUACCCCAAGUGCCCACCCAGCCAGCCCUUCUUCAGUGAGGACCGGAUGAAGUGUGUGGCCCAGUGCGGCUGCUAUGAUGAGGAUGGAAACUAUUAUGACAUCGACGCACAGGUCCCCACAGCUGAGAACUGCCAGCGCUGUCGCUGUACCCCGGGUGGCCUCCAAUGUGCUCACAGCCUUGAGGCCUGCACAUGUACCUAUGAGGACCGGACCUAUAGCUACGGGGAUGUCAUCUACAACACCACUGAUGGCUUGGGCGCCUGCUUAACUGCUACCUGCGGAGACAACGGGACCUUGAUCCGCAGGGUCACGGAGUGUGCCGGAACCCUGUCCACACUGCCGUUCACCUUCACCACCACCUCCGCAGCCCUCUCCACAACAGGCUCCAUGAACACCGUGUCAACUGUGUGUAUCCGAGAGGUCUGCCACUGGUCUCCAUGGCUCGAUGGGGGUCAACCAGAGACUGGCAUGGGAGGCGGGGACUUCGAGACCCUGGAAAUACUAAGGAAGAAGGGCUACCCCGUGUGCCAGACACCUGCCAACAUUGAGUGCCGCGCAGAACUGUUCCCAGGGUUGUCCCUGGAAGAGCUUGGCCAGAAGGUGGACUGUGAGCCAGCCUGGGGACUGAUCUGCCUCAACAGUGAGCAGAGCCCCCCACUCUGCCACAAUUAUGAGCUGCGGGUCCUGUGUUGUGAUCAUAGGCCCUGUGGCUCCUACCCAGCACCCAAUACCUCAACGGCCAGGACCCUAUCCAGCCCUACCCUGACCCCCUCUACCUGGGAGAUGACCACAGCCACAGGCCCCAGCAUGUCCCCAACCUCAGAGCUCAGCUUGCAGACUGAGACCUCACCCUCAUCAGCAUCAUUAAAAACGCAUGGGAUCACCAGCACCCUGGCUCCCAGGACCACCCGCUGCCAGCCCCGGUGCCAGUGGACAGAGUGGUUCGACGUGGACUACCCCACAUCCGACAGGGCCGGGGGCGACGUGGAGACCUACGACAGGAUCAGGGCUGCAGGGGGCACCCUCUGCCCACAGCCUCAGGACAUCGAGUGCCGGGCUCAGAACUACCUCUCACAGACCCCCGAGGAGCUGGGACAGCUAGUGCACUGCAACCUCAGCUUCGGCCUUGUGUGCUACAACAAGGAGCAGGAGGGUGUGUUCCGCAUGUGCUACAACUACAGGAUCCGCGUGCUGUGCUGCAACGACCUCAGCCACUGCAGGCGCCCUGCCACCACCACACCAACGGCCACCACUCAGGAGACAGCCACCACCAGACUGAUGACACCCAGCACCACCACGGGGUCAGCAACCACCACAGCACACACCACUACACAAGGGACGGCCACCAUGUCCACGGCACCUUUGACCACAAGCCUGGUGCAAACGACACACACGCUGCGCCCAUCCACACCCCACACCGAGGUGAGCACAGGCAGGACACAGACGCCCGCGGGCACCACGACCGAGGCCACUACCAGCCAGGGCACGACCCGCUGCCAGCCCCGGUGCCAGUGGACAGAGUGGUUCGACGUGGACUUUCCCACAUCAGGGAUCCCUGGUGGGGACAUGGAGACCUACGAAAAUAUCAAGGCUGCUGGGGGCAAUCUGUGCCCAGCUCCGGAGAAGAUUGAGUGUCGGGCAGAGAACUACCCUGAGGUGAGCAUUGACCAGAUCGGGCAGGUGGUGGCCUGUAGCCUGCAUGUUGGCCUGGUGUGCAGGAACGAGGACCAGACGGGCACCUUUACCAUGUGCUUCAACUACAAUGUGCGCGUGCUCUGCUGCGACCGUAGCCACUGCCCUGGCACCCUGUCCACUGCCUCCACGCCAUCGUCUGUUCCGCAUACCACGGCCCCUGCCACCUUGGGCACCAGAGGAUGGACACAGCCAGGACUCUCCACAGGGACCACCACCCGCACUAGCGCCAGCCUCCCCACAAUCCCCCAGAGUCUUUCUGUGCCGCCAGCGUCCACCACCCGCCUUCCCCACACGUCGAGGCUGUGGACUCCUGUGACCCCAGCCACCACCCCUGGGCCAGCUCCACCUAGCCCUUCCCCAACAAGACCUGCAACCGCCCACCUCCGCAGUACUUCGGGGUUCCCAGGCACCAGUGCAGUCCUGACCACCGCAGCCACUUUGCCCAUGGGCACCUCGCCCACGGCCAGCAGAUCCAGCACUGCCCCACUGCCUGCCCAGAGCACCACAGCGCUGACGACCAGGGCCACCUCGCCCACAGCCAGCCGCUCCUUCGUGCCUCCUUCCUCCACCCCAAGGACUGUCCCCAGCCCAGCGCCCCCCACCAGCAGCCUGCUGACCCUCAGUGCGUCUGUGGCUCCCUCCUCCAGUCUCCCCACACUCAGCCCCAUUGCCUCUCCGUCGCCCUGCUUCUGCCGAGUGUUUGGACAGCUGUUUUCACCAGGGGAUGUCAUCUAUAAUAAGACUGACAGAGCUGGGUGCCACUUCUCUGCCAUCUGCAACCAGCACUGUGACAUUGACCGCUUCCAGGGUGCCUGUCCCACAUCCUCUCCACCGGUGUCUUCCGUCCCUGUGUCGACACCCUCCCCACCCCCUGGCUGUGACAACGCCGUCCCUCCCCGACAGGUGAACGAGACCUGGACACUGGACAACUGCACAGUGGCCAGGUGUGAGGGCAACAAUCAGGUGGUCCUGUUGCCACCAGAGCCUGUGGCCAACGUGAGCUGCGUGAACAAGCACCUGCCUGUCAAAGUGUGGGAGGAGAGCCGGCCCUGCCAGCCCCACCACGAGUGCGAAUGCUCCUGCAGCUGGUGGGGGCACUCGCACUACUCCACAUUCGACGGCACCACAUACUCCUUCCUGGGCAACUGCACCUACAUCCUCAUGAGGGAGAUCCGCCCGCGCCACGGGAACCUGAGUAUCCUCAUGUACAGCCACUACUGUGGUGUCGCUGUCCCCGCCGCCGGCUGUCCCCGUGCCCUCCAAGUGCUCUAUGAGUCCAUGGAGAUUGUCCUCACCACUGCCCCUGGCACUGGCGGGAUGGAGGAGAGCCUGAUCCUGUUCGACCAAGUGCCAGUGAGAGGGGGCUUCAGCAAGAACGGUGUGAGCGUCUCCGUGACUGCGGCCACCAGCAUGCACGUCGCCAUUCCGGCCGUGGGCGUGAGCAUCGCCUUCACCGGGAGCAUCUUCCAGCUCUGGCUGUCCUACAGCCACUUCAGCCACAACACAGAGGGCCAGUGUGGCACCUGCACCAACAGCCAGAGUGAUGACUGCCGCCUGCCGGCCGGCACCAUAGCACCCACCUGCCGGGACAUGGCCCUGUCCUGGCAGGUGCCUGACAGCGGCGGAGAGGGCUGCAGGCCACCAACCAGCCCGCCCCCGAGUGCCAGCCCCCAGCCCCCAGCACCCAGCGUCUCCACUGCCACCACCUCCACCCCUUGCCACCCAGGGCCCCUCUGCAAGCUGCUGCUGAGCCCGGUCUUCGCCGAGUGCCACACUUUCAUCCCGCCCGACUCCUUCUUCAGCAGCUGCGUCAGAGACCACUGCCAAGCCAGCCUCGUGGAGGUGCUUUGCGAGAGCUUGGCAGCCUACGCAGCCCUCUGCCGAGCCCGGGGCGUGUGCACAGACUGGCGCAAUGCCACCAGCGGGCUGUGUGAGCUCCCCUGCCCAGCCACCAAGGUGUACCAGCCAUGUGGCCCUGUGCAGCCAGCCUCCUGUGACUCCAGGAACCAGAGCCCCCUGAGUUGGGGGCUGGCCGAGGGCUGCUUCUGCCCUGAGGGUCAGCUUCUCUUCAGCUCCCACAAGGACAUCUGCGUGCCGGAAUGCCCUUGCGUGGGGCCAGACGGACUCCCCAAGUUUCCCGGCCAGCGAUGGGUCAGCGGCUGCCAGGCCUGCGUGUGUGAUGCGGCCUCCGUAUCGGUGCAGUGCACCCCCGUGCGGUGUGAGGCCCCAGGCCCCGCCCCACCGUGCGACCAGGACGGCUUUGUGACCGUGACCAGGCCGCAGGCCAACAGCCCCUGCUGCCCCGAGACGCUGUGUGUCUGCAACGUGACCACCUGCCGCCAGGCCCUGCCCACCUGUCCCCCGGGCCAGGAGCUGAUCCACGAGGAAGGCCACUGCUGUCCCACCUUCCGCUGCCAGCCACAGCUGUGUGAGUACAAUGGCAUGGUCUACGGGGUUGGUACAACCUUCCCAGGGGUCACUCCUUGCCACACGUGCACCUGCCUCUCCGGAGCCAGCCAGGAGCCAGCCGUGCAGUGUGAGGAGGACACGUGCACCCCCUGCCCCCAGGGCUUUGUGCACUCCAGGGAGGCCGGACAGUGCUGUGGGAACUGCGUGCAGACUGCCUGCCUCACUCCGGAGGGCCGGACGGUGCAGCCCAACGAGACCUGGGUCGACAGCCGUGGGGACAACUGCACCGAGUACCUGUGUGAGGCCCAGAGCGGGAUCCCUGUGCUGAUGCCGCAGCCCACGCCUUGCACACACGCGCCCCUCUGCAGGGGGAUCCUCAGAAGAACUGGCUGCUGCUACACCUGUGAGGAGGAAGAGGAUGCAUGCCAAGUCCAUGCCAAUGUGACCGUCCUGCGGCACCAGGGCUGUGAGGCUGUGGUCACUGUCACCUUCUGCGAGGGCUCCUGCCCUGGAGCGUCUAAGUACUCCAUGGAGGCCCAGACUAUGCAGCACCAGUGCAGUUGCUGCCAGGAGAGCAGGACCCACCAGCAGGCCGUGAACUUGCAGUGUCCUGACGGCACGGCCAUCCGGCAUACCUACACCCAGGUGGACACGUGCAGCUGCACCACAGCCUGCGUGCCCUCACCCAUGGCCCCCACGGCCCCCUUCGUAUAGGGCCCUGCUGGAGGGCUCUGCCCCGACCACCGGAGCCAGGGCACACAUCACUGACCAUGAGGACUUUGGGGACCAGCUCUGGGGCCCACAAAGACAGGUGGGGCUCCCUUGCCUCACCUCCCCCUCCCUGCAACACCAUGGAGAGGUCUGGACCCACGAGAGCCCACUGGAGGAGGGUGCUGAAUGGGGGUCCUGUCCUGGGAGACCCUCAGGUCUCACCCUUUCUGAUGGCAUCGAGGGCGCAGAGGUCUGUCUGCAAGGCCAGGCCCAGGAGCUGCAUCAGACAAGGUGGCCACUUGCCCAUGUCGGGACCCCACAGCCUGCCUGCUGGAGGGACCUGGGACAGAGGGCCGCAUACCUCGGGGCCAGUGGGAGGGGCCAAGCCAGCCCACUGCAAUAAACUGGCAUUGUGUCUGUC